AAAAAAAUACAGUGGUUCGAUUCGAUCUUGGAAUUUCAUCUCCAUUCGUCUCUCUCGUAUUGCCAGUCCAUUUUCAAGACCUAAAAUAAUCUCCUUUUUCGUCUCAUCCAUGGAUGACCAAUCGCCUGCCCGAACCCUGCCCGAAUCCGGGUCGGAUCAAGAUCCAUCGGAAUAUUGGUGCUACCACUGCGUCAAGAGUGUCGCAGUCGAAACCCUAGCUGAUCUGCCCGACGUCGUUUGCUACGAGUGCAAGAACGGUUUCGUCGAAUCUAUCUCCGCCGUUGUCCCCAACCCCGCCGCCGAGCCCGACCCGGACCCAAUCGACGAUCCAACCUUCGGCAACCAGUUUAUUCAGGUGCUUCGCCUAAUCGCUCAAGCGGCGCGUGAAGAGGACGCCCCGCCCCCUUCUCCCCCCUCCAACGCAGACUACCUCCGCAUCGAGCUCGAUGGCUGGGACGACGAUAACAACGACGAAGACGACGACGACGACGACGAGCAUUCGGUUGAAGUCGUCCGCGAGGAAGAAGAAAACAACAGAUCCGGCGAUGGCGACGACGACGACGCAGACGCAGACGCAGACGAAAUCGAAGUGAUCGAGCCUCUCGACGACGACGACGACGACGACGAUAUGCGCCGGCGGCGGCACGACACGCUCAGGCUCCGCCUGAGCGAUUUCGCGUCGCGCACGGCCACUCGCCGGAACAGAAUCCUCGAUUGGGCGGAGAUUCUGAUGGGCCUGGAGGAUCAUUCGAUCGAGCUCAGAUUACAACUGUCUGAUUCUGACACUUACAUUGGCAACCCUGGGGAUUACGUCGAUGCUUCAGGCUACGAAGCCCUUCUUCAAAACCUCGCCGAUAGUGACAGUGGAGGCGGCCGCGGGCCACCUCCGGCGGCCAAAUCCGCCGUAGAGGCGCUGAAGAGUGUAGUAAUUGAAGACGAAGGGAGCACUGUGGCGUGUGCCAUAUGUAAAGAUUUAGUGAAUGUGGGAGAAGCUGCAAAGACUCUGCCUUGUGGCCAUGGCUAUCAUGGUGAGUGCAUAGAACCCUGGCUGGGGUGUAGGAAUUCAUGUCCUGUGUGUAGGUUCGAGCUGCCGACUGACGAUCCCAACUAUGAAAAGGAGAAGAGGGAUCGCGAGAGGGGGGCUGCGUCUUCGUCAAGUUCUGGAUUGGGGUAAAAUCUUGAUGAUAUGUUUCGUUUUGUGCAAUAUCUUGUUGUUUAGGUUAUUGAUUUCUACGAGUUUAUGGUGUUGUUCGAUUCGGACAUGAUCGGGCCUGUGUAAUACUACUAUAUGGAAUAGGCUGUAUGAAGUAUUGUCGUUCUUGUGGUUUCUCAUUUGUUGUAUAUAAAACACAGACUCCAAAUUGAAGGGGAAUGAUGAUCUUGUGC